AUGUCUUUAGCUACAAGUCUUACUUUGGAAAAGCAGCACAUCUGGCCUGUCCCACUAAGGCUACUUAGUGAUUGUCAAAUUGUGGACCUCACGCUACCUCCAUCAAGAAAAUCUGCAGAGUGCUACCAAGAAUGCCGAGUCCCCAACGCCACCCAGGACCUGAAGCACAAUCCAAAACCUGCAUCAUUUCCAACAUGUCCUCAAUGUUCUGAUGUGCUGUUGAAUCGAAUCCAUGCUUGUGAAGGGUUUUACCAGCAAGGCCUCUGCAGGCUCCAAGGAGCCAUCCAAGUUCCACAGCAGGAGCUGAAGUUGCCCUCCUACAAAGGCCAGUCCCCUCAGCUAAGUCUCAGGAGGUACUUUGCUGACUUGAUUGCCAUAGUGAGCAAUCGCUUCACACUCUGCCCUUCUGCCCGACAUCUUGCUGUCUAUCUGCUGGACCUAUUUAUGGAUCGCUAUGACAUCUCUAUCCAGCAGCUACAUUUAGUUGCACUAUCCUGUCUUCUCCUAGCAAGUAAAUUUGAAGAGAAAGAAGAUAGCGUGCCUAAGUUGGAGCAGCUCAAUAGCCUGGGUUGCAUGACCAAUAUGAACCUGGUAUUAACAAAGCAAAAUUUGCUACAUAUGGAACUAUUAUUAUUAGAAACCUUUCAGUGGAACCUCUGCCUUCCUACAGCUGCUCACUUCAUUGAGUAUUAUCUCUCUGAAGCUGUACAUGAAACAGAUCUUCAUGAUGGCUGGCCAAUGAUCUGCUUGGAAAAAACUAAACUCUACAUGGCCAAAUAUGCAGAUUACUUCCUUGAAGUGUCCCUGCAAGAUUAUGCCUUUCUAAAUUAUGCACCUUCUUUAGUAGCUGCUGCAUGUGUGGCUUCUUCGAGGAUUAUACUUCGUCUUUCUCCAACAUGGCCCACAAGACUACAUCGCCUUACUGCUUACUCCUGGGAUUUCUUAGUGCAGUGUAUUGAACGGCUGUUGAUUGCUCAUGAUAAUGAUGUGAAAGAAGCAAACAAACAGAGAGCACAGUCAGGCCCUCAGUCAGCACAACUAGGCAUGUUCCAGACAGCCUCCCAGCCCUCACGGCCAGUUCACUUUCAGCAACCCCAGUAUCUCCACCAGACUCAUCAGACCUCGCUGCAGUAUCGCCAUCCUGUGUCAGAUCAACCAAGCUGUCAGCAGAUUGUAUCUACCACACACACCUCAUCUUACACACUACAGACAUGUCCUGCUGGCUUCCAAACUAGUGUUCAGAGCCUUGGGCACAUGCAGACUGGUGUUGGGAUGUCUCUAGCAAUACCAGUAGAAGUUAAACCCUGUCUGAGUGUUUCUUACAACCGGAGUUACCAGAUAAAUGAACAUUACCCUUGUAUUACUCCGUGCUUUGAAAGGUGAUUGUAUGCAAGUAAUAACUGACCCAAACAGGCCUUGCAGCUCUGGGGCAGGCUCUUGUAAACUUCUCUUCAGAAGGAAAGGGAUCCAGAUAACACCAGACAGAACUCUGCAGGUACCACAGCAGGAAGACUGAAUAUCCCUGCGUAUCACAGCAUCAUGAGUAUCCUGUUACAGCAAAACCCUGUGUAACAAAAAUGUUCAAGCCCUAGCUGACGGUCCCAAUAUUUCAAAAUAUUCAAUACAGCAGAAAUUUUGGACAGACUGCAGAUGGCCAUUUUCAGAUUUGACCUGUGGUAGGCUUGGACUCUUGCUUGGAUUAGAUGUCAAAGACUAGUGUUUAUCUAUGGACUUGCCAAACCGUUUUUCAUGAAGGAAAGUUAACAGUAUUACUUUUUGAAGACAUUUUUAAUUCAGUUUUGAGGGGUUUUUGGGGUUUUUUUUUACCUGACGUGAAUUUCUAAGUUUAAAUUCAUCUGUGCUAUACCAAUCUGUGCAGUAAAAAAUUGUGUCAGAUUAUGUAAGUUCCUGUCAUAAAUAAUGUAGGUAUCUGAAUUUAUUUACUAAAAUUAGGUGUGGAAUAGAUCUCUUAUCUUGAAAUCUUGGUUAUAUUUGUGUUUUUCCCUAAGUGAUCCAACUCACAUCUAUAACAUGAAAACACAUUUAACUCAGGGAGUUUGUACUACUUGGAAACAUUUAACUGUAAUGCAUCAUACUUUGGGAUGUUAGAGUGUGAACUACCUUUAUAACAUGCUAAACUAUUCCCCUAGGAUGUGUUUUCCAAUGAGAUCAUAAUAUUGUAGCCCAGAAUGAUUGGAAUGUGGUUCUGUAAUUCAUGUAUAGGUUUGAAGUUGUCAGUGCAAUUGAGAUUUAUAGUCUGAUUUGAUGUUAUUCCUAAAAGAGCUUUUUCAAGGGAAGGAAUAGCUAAAAUAUGUCCAUAUUAGAAUACAGUCCUGUAGGUUAUUCUGGAAUGGAGGGCAGCCAGGAUUUACUCAGGUAGUGCUAGCCCAGCACUUGUUAUGUGGAAGACAGGUUUGGUAAACAGCCUCCAGCUGGUUGGUCUGAGCAGACAGGGAUACUGAUUACAAGAUUGUAAUAGCCACUUUCACUUGGCCCUGCAACUGCCCUGGGACAUUUCACUCUGCUGGUGGUGAGUGAAAGCAGCAAUAAUAGUCAUUAUAGUAAAGGCAAUUUGGGCAUAAAGUGUUUGAGAGAAUAGACAUUAAAAAGUUAAAAAUGUAAUAACUGGUAAAUACAUCCUUAUCUGUGGGAGGAAACAGAUUUGAUAGAGGGAAGUUUCUCGUUUAAAAAUUAGUGUGUCCAUUUGUGUUCUUUUAAAGGUAGCACUUGAAUAGAAGGGUCCGCAUGGCAGAUGUGUGACUACCACAAUGUGCAUUGAAGACAGACUUGUUACAGAGCUGUGGGUAUGCAGCAGGUGAUUCCAUAAUCAAGUCAGUGGCCUUUGUUAAGAAGGGUAGGGCUCAACAUAGUAGUGGGGUGAUCCAGAGGCUCCAGUGGAUGAGUGUGAGGGAGUGGCUUCUGCCAACCUGAAUUCUUAGAAGACAUGCCUUAUCCUUAAAAGGAAAACACUUAUGUUUAGAGUAUACAGGGCAUAAUGUGGAUUUCAUAGCCCAGCAAAUGGCACAAAAGCCACUCAGGUAAGAACAUUCAUGGCAGUUUUUAAACAUGAAAAUUGUUUUCUGAAAGUAUCACUUUUCCUCUUUAAAAGGGCUGCUAAUUGGAUUUUAAUCAUUCUUAACAAAACUUGAAUUACAUGGGGGAAAGUACGUUCAAAAGAUAAUAUCAGCCAGGUGCCAGUGGUUCAUGCUUGUAAUCCGAGCUACUCAAGAGAC